GGCAGUUCCUCUUCUUCAUUCCUUGUAAGACAAAAAACCUACCCUUGUGCAAGAUCUUCUGUUCAUCUUCAGCUGGGAGCUUUUCUCCCUUGAUCUGCGAAAGAGAGAGAUGGAGAGAUUUGUGCGUCUCAUCUUCUUGGUCUCUUUGUCAGAAGCGUAUACGACUGAGGAUGUUACAAUAGUGUAUGGUGUCGAAGGGGAGCCCAUCUCCAUCAACUGCACCUACAGCCCAAAAGAAAACCAGUGGCGAGAAAAGAGCUGGUGCAAACACAUCAGUGAGAUGGAGUGCCAGCACAUUGUCAGUGCCCGGCGCUUUUGGAUGCCAUUCCUCAAAAGAAGGAAUGGCACUACUGCCAUUGCCGACAACAUCAAUAAGGGGAUCCUCACAGUGACCAUCAACCCGCUCAGAAAGGAAGAUGCUGGUUUGUAUCAAUGCAAGACAGACUUCUUGGGGAUUGUGAAUACCCUUCAGAAAGUGAGGGUGAAUGUUCUGACAGGGAUUCUGGAAACUGAAGCAUCAGAAAUGCCCAGAGCUGUACACAGCAUCUCCAGGAGAUGGUUGGCAUAACUGAAUAUAAUAGAAGAAAGGAGGAAAAAACCAAAGAUUUACAAGAGAGGGGCACAGAAGUGACUCCAACAGAUGAGAGGAGAAGGACUGGCUUGCUUUAUCCUGCACUCUGCAAAGACUGCUGUGGUUUUAUUUGCGAAACCAAAUUUUGCCAGCAAAUCAGACAAACAGAACUUUGCUUCUUUGUCCCUUAAAUUUCUGGUAUGUGCCAUUACUAACUAAGUUUCUAAUAUCCAUCCUGAGCCUGAGUCUGAAACUGGUUGCGUAGUCAUGGCACCACCUCUCAAGGGGUCAAAGCUCCAGUAGUCUCCUGCAGCCAGGGUUGGGGAGCGGGGGCUCCCUAUUGGCUCUAUCAAGUAACCCCCUCCAUCCCUUCCCAUCAGGUAACUCAUGUCUCUUCAGACUGGCCCAUUCUUCAAAACCACUCUCAUUUUGUCUCUCAUAGGGCUGUAUAUUGCCCCAGUCUUUGUCUCUGAGUGAAAGUAAGGGCAAGGUGUCAACUAAAAUCCAGAAAUGGAGCCAUCCUGCAAACUAAUAUGAACUGCAGACCUCAUGGCUGAACAGUCAGCCUAUGUUUUGGACUAUACUGGUUCUUCUCCCAUUCCCAGCACUUGGUACCACCCAGCAUGAUGAAGAACUUUGGAAAACCUGAACAUUUGCAUUUUUGUUUUUAUUGUUGUCUCAGUGUUCUCAGCUAUGCUUUUGGCUGCAGGCAGGCUCUUGACUGGACCUUUAAAAGAAAAGCAAGCUAUUUGUCUUUUCUUUUUUUUAAAUGGUGCGGUGAAUAUUCACUGGCCUAAUACAUACUUAAACUUUUUUUCCCCAUUUCCUUGGUUUCUCCAUGGAGUCGAGAAGGUGAUUCAUUUGCCAAAGGCUGCAGAUCAAAUAGGAUUGCUUGGGGUCCUUUAUGCCAUUUGGAUGCAAGGAUUGCACCUGUUUAGCCUGAUCCUUUAACACCAUGUAGACAAGCCCAAAGUUAACUAGAUCUGCCGUCAAGCAUUAAGAGUGCUGUAAAGUCAUUACAAAUGAGAAAGGUCUAUUUUCUAGUUGUACAAUCAGAGGGCUACCCAGCUUCUAUUCUUUGUUGUGGUUUAUACUUCCUCCAUUCUUCACAGUAUCAUUACUAACUUUUGACUCUUACUCAUCAAAAGCUCUGGUGAGAAAGUAUGUUUAUUUCCUCUGGAGAUAAAAGUUGAUUUCUUCUUGCUACACACUUAACAUUUUGGCUGUAUGUUUUCUCUUGAUAUGCAAAAUAACACGAGGAAAGAUAUCUGGGAACUCUGUGUUGUAGACCACUAUGCAUUGUUAAAACUUGAUUAUGAUUUGCACUCAGCACAGCUAAAGGUGUCUUUUUGAUACCUGAAUGACAAGCCACUUCAACCAUCCAAAUUAACAUAUUGGCAAUCUCAUUCACAUUAAUAAACAUGGAUGGUGAAAAUCUA